CUUGAGAGAAAAAGCAAAACAUAUAGUGACCCGGAACCGGGCAGCAGAGACAGACUUGUGUUGACAAGUGACCGUAGGGUCAGGAGGACAGUGACGUUUCGCACUGCUUACAAGAAAGAGGGGUAUAUGGCAGCUUAACUGCGUCUUAUAAGGGCGUAUGUCACUGUAGUAGGCGACACUAGACCCUUUAAUAAGGUGACAGGUUGUUUGGGGAUGUGACAAAAGCUUUGUGACAUUCUGAAAAGUGACACCCAGAUGUGAAUUGGAGACCUACAGUCACCUGCUGUUGUAUGUGAUAGAAGCAUAUGACAUAUAUAGGGUCAUAUGUGACAAGGGCGACUUCGUCUAGUAAUAAGGGACAAGGCACUUAUAUCACUUAGUGACACUAUUUUGGUAGAUUUUACUAGUGGGAUAGGAAACAAAUGUGAAGUGAGAUCAGUUUGUAGGGAAUUGACAUUAUAAGUGACAAAAGACCUACUAAUGCUGCAUGUUUACAGAAGACAAUAGCCUGGUGACUGUCAUAUCUAUGACAAUAGCCUGGUGACUGUCCUUAUAUGACAGAUAUCCCUCUCCUCCCCAGUGUUAUGAGGUGAGAGUGGCCACCAUUUCCCCUCCCCCCCCUUUCCCUCCCUUUCUAGAAUGUCUCGCUGGCUCUUUCCAUGGUCCAGCUCCAUCAAGACAAGGGCCUGUAGGUAUCUUCUUCAGCAUUAUCUGGGCCACUAUCUGGAAGAGAGAUUGAGCCUUGAGCAGUUGAGUUUGGACCUCUACAAUGGAAGUGGACGAUUGACUGAUAUCCAUCUGGAUAUCUGGUCGGUGAAUGAACUUCUAGAAUCAACAGGGGCUCCUCUAGAAAUCACUGAUGGAUUUAUUGGAAGCAUCUCAGUCACCAUCCCUUGGUCUGCACUUGUCACCGAAAACUGUACCCUUGAGGUGUCUAGACUCCAGGUCACAUGCCGUCCGAAGUACAGAAGUGCUGCCGAUGGUCCAGAGUCCCACAGCUGGUCCUCAUGUAUGACCACCAGUAUGCAGCUAGCCCAGGAGUGCCUGAAGGAGCAGGCAGAAGAACCUACAGAACCUCCUCAACCCAUCGAAGGCUUGGAGAUGUUUGCUCAAACCAUUGAGACAGUACUGCGCAGAAUUAAGGUAACCUUCCUAGAUACCAUAAUUCGUAUUGAGAAUACACCGGAAGAAUCUUCUACUCGAACGGCACUUGAAAUCCACAUCAAAAGACUAGAUUACUGUGAUGAAGCUGUUAGAGACUGUGCUCACACUAUCCCGGUGGACAUCCAUCAACCUCCAGCCUUCAUUCAGAAAAUCCUACAACUCAGUGGUGUCUCGCUUCGCUAUGAAGAAUUCAACACAAGAAUGCAGAGCCCUUCUCCUAGUCCCGCCCCUGAGCAGGAUGCCCUUUUGUCUUCCCGACAUACCGACCCUGAAUCCAUAUCGAGCCCAGGAGCUCCCAGCCGGCCUGCGGAGCCCACCACAGUCCCCGUCCCCACCCUUGAAAUCGGUAGCUGCUCUGGAUGUACGGAGAUGACUAUCAAGCUGAAACAGAAUGACAUGUUUCCAGGACCAAAGCUGGAGAUAGAUGGGAAGAUCGGCUCAUUACACAUGUUUCUAACCCCACAGCAGAUCGGCAAUCUGCAGCAACUCAUGGAUGCCUUAAGUAUUUCAGAAUCAAGCAGUAUUAGAGAAAAAUUGCUAAAAAGUCGUCCGCUGGACCAGGAGGAUUUAAAGCUGAUCGAGCAAGAUCUGAAUCAACAACUGCACUCAGGACCUGGAUCCAUCUUUGUAAACGAUCCCGAACUUGUGCCCUUCCAGGUGUUAGAGAAUGGAGAUAUGUUUUUCUCAAUGGCAGCCAUGACUAACAGCGCUACUUCAAUCCGAUCUGCGAACGAGUUAUCAGAUGUGGAUCUGGAAUCUUCUAUUUACAGCAACUAUAGUAGCCAUCAAAUACAGACUCCAGCAUUCACCCCUGGGUUAAUGCUGAACAGCCCGAGGCGCUACGGACAAUCCCCAUUUUCUGCCACCCUUCCGCCCUUACAGAACCUUCACAAGAUGCCAGGUAAAUCUUCUGUACCCCCUUCUCUGGAGCCCCUUAAGCCUGAAAUGUUGGUAAAGUUGUCACUCGGUGGGCUUACAGUCACCAUACCUCAUCUACCUCCUGAUCUUUGUGCGCCUCAAGACACUUAUUGCGCAGAGACCACCUCCAAUUUUUUUAAGGAGUUAGGGUACUUCAAGGAUGCAGCUUUCAGCGGGAGGGAUUUUGGGCACCUUCGUGGGCACUUCCAAAAGGCAUGCCAAAUGAGCAAUAUCAGAAUCACAGCGGCAGCAGUACAAAUCAUUUGUGAGCAGAGGAUCGGCAGAGGGGCACAACAGACAAGUGCAGAUCUGAGUUUUGGCAUUCUGGAGAUCUUAGAGUGUUUGUGGCAAAAGAAACACUUGUCUGGGACUACAAGGGAACCAGAAUAUACAGAGCUUAUGGUGUUUCGCAGCCCUGCCUCCUCCUCGCGUCCCUGCACACAGAUACACUACAAGCGAAGCCACAGGAAGCCAUCAAGAAGCAGCCGUAAGAAACAACCCGCAAAGGUCAACUCAGAGAUCCUGGUGGAGUUGGAAGAGUUUCAGUCUGAUCUGGAUCUAGGGCUGAUUGACAGGCUUGGAUCCCUCUUUGAGGAUGCAGUUGGGAAUGAGACGGUAUCUGCUGGGCACCUUGAUCUGCACACGAAUAAUGUGACUCCAGCUCCUGAGGAGGACACUGAUAUUCGAGUCGUAGCAUUGAAAGCACACCUCCGACUUCAGUUUCCUGUGCCAGAUCUACGGCCGAGACCAGAACGCCGUCCCUGGUCAGAAAAGGUAGCGAGGAAGGAAUAUCUGGAUAUGGAGGUUGCAGAUAUGGAGAUUCACACACAAAGGAGAUCUGGCACUGAGGAACCUAGCAAAAUAGAGAUCACUUUCAGCGACCUACACGGUGUGUACACAGAUGGAUUGAAGUUGCGGGUCCCAUGUAUAAGAAUCAGUAAAGGGGCAGAUCCCUUGGGUAAAACAGGCAAAAAAAUCAGCUUCCCUAGCAUUCUAGUUACCCUCCUACCCCAGAACAAAGUCUCCCCUUGGGACCUGGUGCAGGACAGAAUGGAAGACCCUGACUUACCCUCUGUGGAGAGUCCGUGCGAACUUAAACAACCAGAACCAUCUCCAUUUUCCUCCAAGAGGACCAUGUAUGAAACAGAAGAGAUGGUGAUCCCUGCUGAUUCUGAUGAGAUGUCGGAUUUCCAGCAAAUGACCCUGGCUUCCUCUCAGUACACUCUGAAGGUGACACUACCGCGUGCUCACAUCUUCCUUCCCAGUAAAGAUGUUUAUGAAAGUCUGUACAACAGGUUAUGUAAUGAUCUUCUGAUGUGGGAAUCAGCAUCUGCGACAGGAAGCCCUGUUACAAACUCUCCAAUCCCACCUGAGAUGCUAACCAAUUCUACCUACCAUCAAGAUACCUUCCGCAUGUGCAAAUCUGCAUUCCGAUUGGACUCCGAUUCCGAGGAUGAAGACUCCCAUUUCUACUCUGUGGAUGAGUUAGCAAGAGCCAGGAAGAGCUCUCAAGAAGGCCACAGUUUCUUCUCUGCAUCUAUCACCAUUCUGAAGGGACGAGUCACUGCGUGGACUGAGACAAAGUGUGAAGGGGGUAAGCGAUUGGAUGGUCACCAUGGUGAAGUAGUUCUAGAUGUGGAGAAUGGUCAGAUCUUCAGUGUAUCUAAAUACAGAGGAAAAGGAGACCUCAGUUACUUGUGUAUAGAGUCUGACAGCGUAUCCCUCAGUCACAAAGCUACUAUAGAAGAUUACUUGCCACCCACUAACCUGGAAAUACCCACCUUUCUACCACCCGCACACCUGGAACCCACUAUCUACCCUUCUGAGGAAGGCGUCUCCGCUCAACUCUCAGGUGCUCGUAAAGACAGGAACUCAAGGAUGCUGUCUUUGGCUAUCCGAAUUGAUCUAAACCUGGUGAAAAAUGUCAAGGAGUUCUUGGUAGCUUUGAGGCUCGAUGGUGCCACUCUGCGGCAUCACAUGGCACUGCCUAAUCAAAGCUGGCACAGUCAGAUCCUGGAAUUUCUGGAUGUUAUUGAUGAGCCAAUCUUGGGAUAUAGUUCCCCGGCUGUCAUAACUGUAUUGCACACUCAUCUCUUCAGCUGUGCGGUGGAUUACAGGCCUCUGUACCUACCUGUUAGAGUCUUGAUCACAGCUGAAACCUUUACUCUUUCCAGUAAUAUUGUGGUGGACACCUCAACCUUCAUGCUCAGGUUUAUUUUAGAUGACUCUGCUCUCUAUUUGUCUGAUAAAUGUGAAGCGGAUGUGACCGAUUUAAAGAAAGAUUAUGUCUGCGUGCUGGACGUGGAUCUUCUGGAACUGGUCAUCACAACGUGGAAAGGAAGCUCCUCCCUCAAAAUGUCCCAACCUUUAUUUGAGCUGCGCUGCUCCAACAACGUACUUCACAUUCAUACCUGUGCCGACUCCUGCGCCAUGCUGGCUAAUCUUACUCAGUAUGUGAUGAAUAAUGGAGAUCUUCAUUGUCCUCCAAAACCUGAGCCUCCAACUGAGAUUGCAGGACAGAAAUUACAGCCACCUGACGGUCCAGCCUCACAACCUUCUUGUCUGCCGGCAGAAACCUCCCAAAUUAAUCAAGGGGAUUUGACGGACGCCCUCAUAGACACAGGAAGGAGCGGCAGAGAACACUCUGAAGCAGAGGGAGAUGUCUUCAUACGUCAGAAUUCUCCAGUCUCAGUCUAUUUGUUCCCUGAAGAAGUUGCCCCAGGAAACAGGCUUGAAAACCUCUCCCCUUCUCCUCCACUUCGUCCAGCGUCCCAAGAGAGUCUCGGCCUGUCUGACACUAGUGGGGACAGCGAGCUGACAGAUACGGAUGAUUUCUGCAUUCUAGAUGCCCCUGGCAUUGGUGUACCUCCAAAAAAUGGAGAACCUGUGGUGAGAAAGUUAGUGGCUGGUCCAAUUGCUGUUAAGGAUGGUCACUUCUCUCGUCCCCUGGGUAGCACAGACCUGCUGAAACCUCCAGCAAAGUUUCCAGUGCCUGAGACACGGAUCGUACUGCGGGAGAUCUCUGUGGUGUGGCACUUGUAUGGUGGAAAGGAUUUUGGGAGUAGCCGGCCAAACUCUGCACGAGCACAUUCACCAAGGACAAGGACAAGUUUACAGAGCGCUCGGGGGUCCCCAUCACGGUCCUCUGUCACUAACCGACCUCAGAACACAUGGAGAACACAAGGCGGGAAUGGGAGGAUUCAUGACAUUUUGAUAGAGAUUCAGUUGACAAAGGUGAGCUUCCAACAUGAGACCUACCCAGCACCCCUAGGGAACGAAAUUGAUCAAUUGCAAACCGGAGAGGCGGAGGAGGUACCACUAGCUCGUCAAGUAUUUAUUGUGCAAGAGCUGGAGAUCAGGGACCGCCUUGCCUCGUCUCAGAUCAACAAGUUCCUGUAUCUUUACACCAGCGAGAAGAUGCCACGAAGGGCUCAUUCUAAUAUGCUGACUAUAAAAGCUCUCCAUGUGCGUCCUGAAGCUGGGUUGGGAGGACCAGAGUGCUGCCUCCGAAUGUCUUUAAUGCCACUGCGCCUGAACAUUGACCAGGAUGCUCUCUUCUUCCUGAAGGAUUUCUUUGUCAGCCUGGCCUCUGGGAUUCAGCCAGUGGUUCCUGUGGAGUUGGGUUCAGAAGCCUCACGCUUAGAUGGCCAGCGCAGACAGAGCUCUUCUGAGACGGAGUCAGCUCUAGAAACAUCAACACAGUCCAGUGAAGAGGACUCGGCCUCACCCAGCUCUGCCUCUGACCAGCCCAUUUACUUCAGAGAAUUCCGUUUUACAUCAGAGGUUCCCAUUUGGUUGGAUUAUCAAGGCAAACACGUAUCAACAGAGCAGGUGGGCACAUUUGCUGGAAUAUUAAUAGGACUGGCCCAGCUUAACUGCUCCGAACUGAAGCUUAAAAGGCUGUACUGCAGACAUGGUCUGUUGGGGGCAGACAAAGUUGUUUCAUAUGCUCUUAAUGAGUGGUUGACCGACAUCCGUAAGAACCAGCUGCCAGGAAUUCUGGGAGGAGUAGGACCCAUGCAUUCAGUUGUACAGCUGUUUCAUGGAGUGCGUGAUCUCUUUUGGUUGCCCAUUGAGCAAUACCGUAAGGAUGGGCGCAUCAUCCGUGGCCUGCAGAGAGGGGCAGCAUCAUUUGGCACAUCCACAGCAUCGGCUGCCUUGGAGCUCAGCAAUCGGCUGGUGCAAGCUAUACAGGCUACAGCAGAGACAGUUUAUGAUAUUCUGUCCCCAACACCCCCAGUGUCACGUUGUGCAUUUGAUGUCAGAAUGUCCCGCAGAAUUCGAAGGGGGCAGCAGCCUGCAGACCUGCGAGAGGGCGUGGCCAAAGCUUAUGACACAGUGCGGGAGGGUGUCAUAGACACAGCCCAGACCAUCAGAGAGGUGGCAUCUCGUGGACAUGAGCAGAAAGGUUUGACGGGAGCUGUGGGUGGUGUUCUGCGGCAAAUCCCACCUACUGUAGUGAAACCAUUUAUAGUCGCUACAGAGGCCACAUCUAACCUCCUAGGAGGGAUGAGGAAUCAGAUCCGACCGGAUGCCCACAAAGAGGACUCACAAAAGUGGAGGGCAGAUGAGGGGCAGGACUGAAAGGAACAUCCCGUGUCUGCCACUGAAGUGCCAAAAUGACUGUGUGCAGAUGUACAUAGCUGUACAUUUCCAGGGUACACAGAGUCCUACAAAGGCUGUACCUGCAUGAUUACCUACAUUUAUUUUCCCUUGUUAAACUGCUUCCUUUAAAUGCUUUGUACACUUCCUUUUUAUUUCUGUCUAAUUUACUUCAUCUAUUUGCACCCUAACAAUUUUGCCCUGCUUCACUAGUCUCUUCCUGCAGACUUGAUGCUGAUCUAAACACCACCUCCGCCAUUGCCAUAUAAGCAACAUGGCACUUUUGUGGCCUUCUGUGAAUUCAGCCUUUCAUUAAUCUGUCUAUUAAACAACACUUCCAAUCAUCCACCUCAAUUUCACUCCCCGUCUUGCUGGAAACAAAACUGAGCACAUUGCGGCUGUCCAGGAAAAGGAUGUUAUAAAGCACAGAAAGCUGCACCUUUCUUCAUGAUACAGUGUGUGGCUUUUUACAUCUAUGCCUCUCAAUUCUUAAUUCUUUUGUUCUGACUCUGAGGCCAAAUCAAGAAGUAUAUAUGUAUAAAUAAAAUAAUGUAAAUUA